UCCCUAUUAGACUUUUAGGUAGUCAUUCUCUAGAUGACUAACUUAAAUGACGCUUUAUUUCAUAUUUUGCACAGUUUACAGGCGGCAGCAGUGAAGCACAGGUAUUCUAUUGUUGUCCUGCUUCCUACAGCUGAGCAUGCUUGACUCAUUUUCCGUGGACAGCAGCAGCCAGACGGGCUUCUCUAGAUCCGGUUUCUCACAGACAUCACGUACAAAUUUCAUGCCUUUGAAGUUGAGCUUGAUCUUCCCACUAACAAAGAGACUUUCAGCCUGAGAGCCACAACAGGUAACUUUAUGUGUCACAAUGUGGAGGAGUCCCAUUAAGAUGGAUGAGAGGGCGGAUGACAUUAAGUUUGAGGAAGUAAACAUGAAGUUCAACCGACUGGGACAUCCCUUUCUGAUAAUCAGAAUUAGCAGAUAAUAAUCUGCUGGAUGAAUCAGGCAGAGUGAUACCUGCUUCCUGCCACUGUCACUGAAGGGCGAAUCUCAAGCGUAUGUUUUUUAUGCAUCCUAAAGAGUCAAGACUUACUCCUCCACACAGCAGGCAAAGAUGACCGUCUUAUGACCUUUCCAUAAAAGAAAGUUGCUGAGAAUCUUAAGGAUGGAGAGGCGUUGGAAGACGACGCCCACAUGUUUAGCCCUGGAUCACAGGUUGUCAUUGUCAGUCUGCAUGGCGAUUAAACCUUCCCCCGCUGAAUGAAAGACGUGGUUCACAGCCGUUUGAAAUAGUGAUAUUCUGGGUCAAAGUCCCUUAAUCCCAGCCUGCAAGCCAAUUCAAAGGAUUGCAAGUUUGGCAAAGUGGAAUAGAUGAGUCCUGUGGGCGUUAGAGUCAGGAGGUGACCCGUUGUACUCACCAACCCACAGACAGCCCCUUCACUGAGCUCCAGGAGCUGCAGUCCUUCAGGGAGGGACGUCAUGAUGCUUUCCACCCAUCGAGCAGCAGGAUUGGCUGUAACCACAAAAUGCUUUCACACCCUUCUGCUUCCACUCUCCACACUUCACUGCACAGGAGCUGACUUCAGGUGCUCUGUAGGAAGCUGAUGUCAGAAACUGGGCAGAAUGAAAUGAAGAUGGAGAAGAGAAGGGUUGAUUGUUCCUAACUUGAUGACAGAGCUCACAUUUUCACAUCCACCACCAUCCACCAUGUGUUCAUUCUUCUGAUAAGGACUCUGACACCUUCUGUGGGAUGAAGGCCUCAAAAAAGACAAAAUCCCUCUGCAACCCUGCAGCUAUAAAGUUUAAUAAGGGUGGAUACAACCUGCCAUCCCAUGAUGCUCUGGCGCAGAUCCUGCCAGAUUAUCAAUACCACCUCAAUGGAGCGAACACUGAGCUCCAUAGAGCAGCCCAACAAGAACAGGAAAGACCAGCUGAGAGAGCAGAGACUACACAGGUCAACAAACGCAACAUAAACCACACGUACCAAGUACAUCAUCCACACAAACGACCCCCUUUGCAUGACUUUGAGGAUGAUCCCCACAUGGCAGAGAUCAGUGACCUACAAACAAAGGAGAUAGAAAACUAUCGUUCAGCCAUGAGUAAGAUGGCAGAAGACAUCAUAGCACUGAGGACACAGGUGGUGAUGUUGGAGGCCGAAAACAGCCAGCUCCAUAGUGAUCUGUCUCUACACCAGGACCUUGGCCGAAAUCUGCUGGAUGACACAGACAUCGACGUCAUGACCAAGGCUGAGGUUGCUGACCGGAUAGCCUCUCUGAAAUUCAAGCUGGCCAGUGAGACCAGUAAGGCUGCCUUACAGAGGGACAGGAUCCAACAGCUGCAGAAUGAGCUAAUCAGGAAGAAUGACAGUGAGGAGGAACUAUUAAAGCUCCAGAGAGUCCAGCAGCAGCAGGAGGAGGAUUUGCUUCGACACCAGAGUCGCUUGGCAAAGAUGGCGAUUUUGGAGGCCACAGUGAAACAGCAGGAAAAGGUCAUCCAGAAGAUGGAGAAUGCUUUAGAUAGCAAACUCAAAGAGAAGAAUAAACAGAGUGGAGAAAAAUGGCUGGUGGAGAAAAAACGAGGUGAGAUUGACCGCAGAAAGGAAGAGAUAGAGUCCGCCCUAGCAGCAGAGAAUGCUCAUCUCAGAGAAGAGCUGGACAGGAAUCGCCAGCAACCUGCCACCGUCAUUAUACAGCAGUCAGCACAGACAAAAAAGUCACUACCAGCCAAGGAGAGACUGAGUUUACUAAAUAAACUGGAGAAUGCUGAGGCAAGAGUCCAAAAACUGGAGACUCAGCUGGAGGAGAACUCUAAGUUAUGGGGGAGACAGAAACAGGAAAUGUUGACCAAACUGAACGAGCACAGGCAUGGUUUUGUUCGGACGUCCACCACAAUCCUUCAUAACGUUCCUUCGAGGACUGUAUCACAUUCCUUACAUCAGCAAAGCAGACAGAGGAAGCAGAAGCCUGUAAAAUGAUCUGCAAAUGAUCAAUUCACCUGUUCACCCAGACACAGACAUUAUUUCAAAUUUGAUGUUACAAAAAGAUAUUUUGAUACAAUAUAUGUAUUAGAUAUUAAAAUAUGUAAUAAAUUACACAUAACAAGA